AUGCGCGGUGAUGACGAUGAGCAACACUACUUUGAUCCGACACAGAUCACAGCGUCACUCCCUUUACUUCCGUUCGAUAACCAAGUCGGUGGUCAUGGCUCCUUCUUCCGAUUCUCCAAGCAGGCCAUUUGCAAAGCUGUUUCCAAAAAAGAACAGAGCUUUUACGAGCAUUUAGAACGACAAUUGCCCGAGCUACUCCCCUUCAUACCUCAAUACUUUGGCAUUGUCAAUGUCACCUAUUCAGCAGACUCGGUUCCCCAUAUUGUGUUUGAAAAGAACAAGCAUCUCUUGAGCGAUUGGCGAGCUUGUCACCAUAGACGUAGCAGUCGACGACAUUCGGUUAGUGCGGCACGUGAACAGAUCCUACGUGACAUCUUCACACCACAAGCGAUCCAGGAACGUUUACGACAAGUGAAUAGUGAAUUCCGACGACCUUCAUCAUUCCCUGAACGACGUCAACAUAGUUUAUUGCUACCUGCAGAUCAAGACGAUCCAUUGACAGCUGUAUCUUCUUCUCCUACAUCGCUUUCUCCUCCUUCUCCACCGCCACCGCCACCAAGUUCUUCAUCAAAAUCAACCUCGGCAAUAGCAUCUCGACGUGAUCAACAAGAUGACGACAAUGACAAUGAUCAAGAUAUAUUUGUGAUGGAUGAAGAUAUGACAUUGACAACUACUGGGGAUGAUUGGAAAACACGUGAGAAACCCAACAACCCAUGGUCGAUGCAAGUCUAUCAACGUGAUCAGCAAAAAAUGAAGCAUGACGAUCACAAGGAGUAUAUCAUGAUUGAGGAUUUAACCGAUGGUAUUCAUUUUCCAUGCGUAUUGGAUCUCAAGAUGGGGACACGACAACAUAGCGUAUAUGCGACACCAGCCAAAGCAGCCAGCCAAACCAGGAAAUGUCAACAAUCAACAAGUGCAGCGUUGGGUGUUCGUGUCUGUGGGAUGCAGGUUUACAAGCAGGGUGAUUUCAUCUUUCAAGAUAAAUAUCAAGGUCGACGCUUAUCUCCUAUCGAAUUCAGAGACACUUUGGUGCAAUUCCUCAACAACAAUGGCUGUGUGCAGAUUCAUCAUAUACCCGCGGUUCUGCAUAAAUUGAGACGUUUGGCUGGCAUCAUACGAUCACUGAAUGAUUAUCGAUUCUAUGGUUCCUCAUUAUUAAUGAUCUAUGAUGGUGAUGAAACAAGUGACAAGGUGAUGGAUGUACGCAUUAUUGAUUUCGCACAUUCGGUGACUUCACAAGAUCCACGACAUGAAUUCUCCUAUCCUCCUCAGCAUCCAAAUCAACCUGACGAUGGAUAUUUGUUGGGACUCAAGACAUUGACAAUUUGCUUCGAGUGGAUUUACAAGACCCAUGGUGGGGAAGCGAGUGUAUUGACCACGCUCGAUCAAGACGAAAAUGAUGUAUUUGAAGGAAUAGAGAGUAGGGCUGCCAUGUGUGGGGUGUAG